UGAUGUUACCAGAGAACACAUUGAAUUUCUGCUGAAGCAAGGCCAUACAAUUUCAAAAACUGCUGAAAUACUGGGAUGCUCCUCAUCAUUUUUGUACAAGAAGUCAAAGUUGUUGGGUAUCCCUUUUAGAAGUAUGCUGUCUGCAAUAGAUGAUGGUGAACUAGAACAACAUGUGAGGCAACUUCAGAGCCAAUAUCCUAAUUCUGGAAAUGAGAUGAUAAGAGCCCUGUUGCGUGCACAGGGUGUGCUUGUUACACGGUCCAGGGUGCGUGAGAUGUUGACACGGGUCAAUCCUACUGCUGCUGCAAGGAGAUGGAGCCAGACAGUUGCAAGACGUGUUUACCAUGUACCUUACCCCAAUAGUUUGUGGCACAUUGAUGGGAACAUGCGUCUCAUAAGAUGGGGUUUUGUGAUUCAUGGUGCAAUUGAUGGAUACUCCCGUCUGAUUACUUACCUCAACUGCAGCACAGACAAUCGUGCCACAACAGUGCUUUCUCAGUUUUUGAAAGCAACAUGCCUCUAUGCCCUACCAUCAAGAGUCAGAUCUGACCAUGGUGGUGAAAACAUCCUUGUGGCUUUAUUCAUGCAUCUAGUUCAAGGACUUGAACACAGAGGAUUCAUAACCGGACGAUCAGUUCACAAUCAGAGAAUUGAACGCCUUUGGCGUGAUGUAUUUUUGCAUGUGUUGCAGCACUUUUACCUUAUGUUCUACUCCUUAGAGGAUUCAGAGGUUCUAAACCCAGAUGAUGAUGUCCACAGACUUUCACUGCAUAUUGUUUAUCUUCCUGAGAUUCAAAAAAGACUGGAGCAGUUUAGACAGGCCUGUAACCUCCAUCCGUUGCAAACAGAAAAUAAUCACACACCAUCUCAACUCUGGACAGAGGGCAUGCUCAAAAACAUUGCAACAGACAGCACAGCUGUCAACAAUGUCUUUGGGGAAAAUCCCUACAGCGACCAAAACAUUGAUGCCAUCCUAGCACAGUAUGGAAUUCAAACACUGCCUACACUUGAUGAGGAAGAGUUCCCAGCUGUUAAUGUAGAGCCACCUCAACUCAUCCUCACUCAGCAACAACAGACAUCUGUACACAAUGCAAUCCAACACCUUUCUGAUCUAAAGUUAAAAUAUCAGGCUUGCUGUACUGCUAUUAUCCGUAUUUUGCAAACACAGGUAUAGUCCAAUUCCAAGCCCAGAGACAAAAGUUAAUUGGCUGCAUCUAUUAUCCAGGACUGAAAGACAUU